CAGUGGCAGAACAUCGACCGUACAAGGUUUUGUCUGAGAGUGCACGGGCAACAUGGCUGCACGCCAUCGAAAAGGCGAAAGCGAUGCCCGACCCCUGGGCGCAGUUUCACCUGGAGGAGAUAGCGACUGAACCCUGCAUUCGUUACAGGUCUGACUUUGACUUUGUGGCAAAGAUGAAACUCUUUCACAGCAGAUUUGACCUCUUCUGUUUGACCCUUUGAGUGUUUACGCUGUGCUUCAACAAGUGGUCAGUUAAGUAGAGCUUGUUCCAGCAUGUACAGUACCAGAACAAGAUCAUCAGUUACAGCAGUGUUUUUCCUGUUAUGUGAGAAUAUUGCUGUGUGCAGCUUAUUUUUUUCUGAAUGGGGGUAUUUUUGGCCCUCCACCCAAGAGGUUUUGGCCUGAAUACAAGAAAAUUAAACAGAACUGAUACAAAAUCACAUUUUUAAUGUAAUCUCUGUUGAUUUAGAUUCCAUUUACAGAGAUAAAUAGACAUUUUUGUUCAGCAAAUGGUCAGAAAUCAUACGUGAAUAAAUCUGCUUUUACAGAUUGUACAUGCAAGUGUAAUAUCCCCCCAAAAGCAUGUUCUGUGCCAGGAAAAACAGCCGAAUCUUAACCUAAUAUCCCUCCAUUAUUAUAUUUAGCAUGCAGCCAGUCUCUAAACAAUGUCAUAACAUUGUUUGUCAACCAGGAAAUUCAAAUUAAAUCUGCAUUAACUGAUAUUUUAGCCACUCAGGAGCCAGUGCAACAAGCUUUAAAUGAAGUUGAAAUGACUGAAAUGUUCGCAUACUGUUGCUUAUCGACGUAUACAGCAAAAAUGUGACAGUCAUGUGAGUAAUAUUUGCCCUCCUUUGGCUCAGUUUGUGGUCUGCAGUAACUGCUGAGGAAGAUAUCCAAUCCUUCAGUGGUUUAUGUUCUUCUCCUAGUCGUUAAGUUUGGUGGUGAGCUGGUGGUGUGCAGUGUUGUCUUCUUUUUAGUUUUUCCACCGAAAAUAACUGCCUAUUGUGGAAAUGAAAAGCAGUAGAGCAUCAGUUUUUAUAGAUACGAGGAAAAAGUGAUCUCUGCCUUUGUGUAUAUCUGUAAAAGUAUAAAAAAAAAGAGUAGUUUUAAAUCAUUUCGAUGAGUCGUUUGGGCUCGUCUUGAACCGACAGCAGACCUCGUUUAAUCUCUGUUGCUCAUAUCUCGGUCAGUGAUGCUCUGCUAUUGUUAACUGUACACAAACAUUUGUGCCCCGUUGAUGGGGACACGAGCCUCUGGCAUCUGUUGGCCCCAUGCGCUUCUAUUUUUAUUAUCUCAAGUACUUGGGUGUGAUGCUGAAUGUGCAUCCAGAUAUUAUGACCACAGAAUCCUGUGGCUGCUGCAUGAACAGCUCUCACAGUCCAAACUGCAGAAGCACACAUGAGUUCACUGGGUGCGGACAAAAAGCAGGAGGAAAAAUCCCGUUACGUAACCAGACGGAGAGCUUGCAUUUGACUGCGGGGGCGGAGGGGAUCGUCAGGAGGUGGGAUUUGCCCUCAUGCUCCCAUUACAUGUGCUAAUUUUACCCUCGUGUAGCCUCACUCCUCUUUGCCCCCCUGCAGGAGGAACUCAGUGGGAUGAAAGUCAUAGUACGUUGCGUUCCUAAAGCAGAGAUUAGAUGUUGGAAAGGGAACAGGGCUCGUGCUUCCGUGGGCGGAAAAACAGAGUUUAGAGUUUUAGGACGUGCAGCUGCACUUUUAGUACACCCAGCAUACAUUAACUCGGGACACACGCCCAGACGGGCCAAACAGACAGUCUGAUCCUGUCUGAUAGUGUUCAUACCCACAUUUAUAUCACUAUAGUCAACUCCCUUCACUCCAAAAUAACGUCAGUCCAAAACAAAAUGGGUAAGAGAGGUCAAAAUGACCUUUAAUGAAAAGUCGUUCCCUCCCUGCUACAUUUUUCUCUCCUUGUUGUCUUUGUGUGCAAAGGAAACUCGAUGCUUGUAUGUGCUUCCUUGAUAAGAAUAAUUAAUGGGCUGCUGAUGGAGAGACUGCACUGGGCAAACAUGAACAGAAGUACAAUGCUGUUACAGGGGAAUGGGUUCAAGACCAGAUCCACAUGAAGAUGGGUACACAGCCUUUUGGGAAAGGGGCCAUGAGGGAGUGCUUCAGAGCGAAGAAGUUGUCGAAUUUCUCACACAGCAGCAACUGGAAGUCAGCGUCCAACUAUGUGGCCAAGCGUUACAUGGAGACGGUGGAUAGAAAUGUUUACUUUGAGGACGUCAGGCUGCAGAUGGAGGCCAAACUUUGGGGCGAGGAGUACAAUCGCCACCGACCUCCCAAACAGGUGGACAUCAUGCAGAUGUGUGUGGUGGAGAUGACAAACCGGCCCAAUAAACCUCUCUUCCACCUGGAGCAUUACAUCGAGGGCAAGUACAUCAAAUACAACUCCAAUUCCGGCUUUGUGAGGGACGACAACAUCCGCCUCACUCCACAGGCCUUCAGUCACUUCAGCUUUGAGCGGUCGGGCCACCAGCUGAUCGUGGUGGACAUCCAGGGAGUUGGUGACCUCUACACCGACCCUCAGAUCCACACAGCGAAGGGGACCGACUUUGGAGACGGAAAUCUGGGUGUGCGAGGCAUGGCCCUGUUCUUCCACUCGCACCUGUGUAACAAGAUCUGCAAAAGCAUGGGCCUGACGCCUUUCGACCUUUCCCCUGCGGAGAUGUCCCAGCUGGACGGCACCAACAAACUGCUCAAGUCAGCCCAGACUGUGCUGAGAGGCUCAGAGGAGCACUGCGGUUCUCCUCGUGUUCGCACCAUGUCGGCCAGCCGGGCGCCUCCGCUCCUAUCCCGCCUGUCUGAGACCUCGUCUGCAGAUGAGAGCAUGAGCGACAUGGAAUCUAUCCCCUGCUCCCCUCUUAUCCUUCCCUGCUCCCCCCCAACUGCAGCUGGCUCUGUAGGCUCGUCUUUUACCGGAAUGUAUGAACACGACAGAAUGAGCAACACAAGCGAACACAGGGAAUCAGAAAACGGCGGGGACAGCGGCUACCCGAGCGAGAGGAGGAGUGAAGGAGACCCAAAUGACCACAUAGACGGGAUCCAUCAUCGCUACAACAGGCAAUAUUCAGAGUCGGAUGAGGAAAGUAUCAGACGGAGGAAGAUGGUAGCUCCUCCAAGAGUCUCUGCAAACUUAAAUUCAAACACUCCUGACAACGAAUGGUUGACAGAGGAGAAGUGGACCUUCUAUCACUCAUCCCGCGCUCACGUCCACCGACCUUCCUGUGUGGCCACCGAGGUGGAACGACUCAACAACCUGCUGCAGAAGAAGAUCGGCCAGUCGAUUCUUGGAAAAGUCCACCUGGCGAUGGUGCGGUACCACGAAGCAGGUCGUUUCUGCGAGAAGGACGAGCAGUGGGACCAGGAGUCGGCCAUGUACCACCUGGAGAGAGCCGCCAUGUGUGGAGAGCUGGAGGCCAUCGUAGCCUUGGGACAGUGCCUUCUGCAGCUACCUCAUCAUAUACUCCCAGACAUGGAGCUAGAGGAUAAUGCAGGAAACAAUAUGAGAGGUUUCAAGUAUCUGCUGCAGGCUGCUGAGGCUGGCGACAGAUCUUCUAUGAUCAUAGUGGCCAGAGCCUUUGAUACUGGAGUCAAUCUGUCUGCUGACAGAAAGCAGGACUGGGCCGAAGCGGUUCACUGGUACAACAGUGCGCUGAACAUGAUGGACUACGACGAGGGAGGAGAGUUCGAUGGGACCCAGGACGAGCCUCGCCACCUUCUGCUGGCCAGAGAGGCAGAGAUGUACCAGGCGGGAGGCCACAACCUCGCUGCAGACCCACAGAGAGCAGGUGACCUUUUUACUGAAGCUGCAGAAGCUGCCAUGGCGGCCAUGAAGGGUCGACUGGCUAACCAGUACUACAUGAAAGCCGAAGAAGCCUGGGCACAAAUGGAGGAGUAACUCCACGACAUAAAAGAAAUUAAUUUUAAC